UGGCAAUAUCAAGGGUGUCCAAGUCUUCCUAUCAUUUCUUGUAAAGCUUCAUAAUUACAGGCUGCAGGAACAGCCUCUCCUAAAAAUUUUCUGACUUUUGAGGGGAGAGAGACAGAAAGAGUAGAGCAAUGGUACCAGCAGCUGCUACAGCCGCCUCGCUAAACUGCGCACUAUUUCACCGCCAAGGAGGACUGAAUCGAGCAACUCGUGGAUUACAAUGGACAAAGAAGCAGCAGUGCACUAGAAAGCCAGGUCCUGCCAUAAUUACAGCAAAAUUUGAGCUCAAGCCGCCUCCAUAUCCUCUGAACGCAUUGGAGCCACAUAUGAGCAAGGAUACCCUGGAGUAUCACUGGGGAAAGCAUCACAGGGCUUAUGUUGAUAACUUAAACAAGCAAAUUGUAGGAACCGAACUAGAUAGCAUGCCGUUGGAAGAUGUGGUAAUUGUUACUUACAACAAGGGUGAUAUGCUUCCAGCUUUUAACAAUGCUGCGCAGGCGUGGAAUCAUGAGUUCUUCUGGGGAUGCAUGAAGCCAGGUGGCGGAGGAAAGCCAUCAGGAGAGCUUCUGCAAUUGAUUGAAAGAGACUUUGGUUCCUUUGAAAAAUUUGUGGAAGAGUUUAAGUCGGCAGCAGCAACACAGUUUGGUUCUGGAUGGGCUUGGCUUGUUUACAAAGCAAACAGGCUUGAUGUUGAAAAUGCAGUAAAUCCUCGUCCAUUAGAAGAGGACAAAAAGCUGGUUGUGGUGAAGAGUUCCAAUGCUGUAAAUCCGCUUGUUUGGGAUUACUCACCACUCCUUACAAUUGAUGUUUGGGAGCAUGCUUACUACCUUGACUUUCAGAAUCGAAGGCCUGAUUACAUAUCAACCUUUAUGGAGAAGCUUGUAUCAUGGGAAGCAGCCAGUGCUAGACUUGAAGUUGCUAAAGCUCAAGCUGCUGAGAGAGAAAAAGAACAGAGGAAAAGAGAUGAAGCAGAGGACAUUCAGGGCAGUGAAGCUGUAGAAAUGUAUGUGGAUGGUGAAACUGAAGAUUCUGGGGCCGAUUAACUCGAGACUUUCUUUCAGGUACAGUAAUGUGGAAAAAUUUUGUGGCCUAUUAUCACAUCCAUCAUUUUGUAUCUUUGAUUGGAAUAUAGAGGUCGGUUGGAGCGGCACAGACCAUAGACGUUGAAACCAUGUCAAGGUUUUGUACGUGGAAUACUAUCCAGUGGUCUGUGGAAGCCAAGGAAAAGUAUUUAAUGAAAUAAGAUAAUUUUCAAGUUAAA